GAUGCAUGGGUGAAGAAAACGUUUGGGGGUUCUAAGAUUGCCUGGGCAUGGGAUGAACUCCCUGCGGGUAUACUCAAAUCUGAUAUGCUGCGCUACUUGCUUGUACUCGUUGAAGGAGGUAUAUACAGCGAUACGGACACUCGCAUGCUUAAAACGAUCGACCAUUGGGGGCAAGGUUCGAUGGAUUUCCAAGGGACUCAUUCAACGGGCCCACCGAGCGUUAUCGUUGGGAUUGAGGCUGACGUCGGUGGACGUGAAGAUUGGCAUAAUUGGUGGGCCCGUCCCGUCCAAGUUUGCCAAUGGACAUUCGCCUCAGCACCUUACCACCCCAUCUUCCUUGAUGCUGUACGUCGUAUCUACGAGGGGACGGUAUUUUUAUCGUAUCAUGAAAAUGCAGAUGGAAAAGAGUUGGAAGAAGUUCCAGGAUUCGGAAGUCUGAAGGCUGGAGUGGGGAGCCUUGUAGCGCAGAUCAUGGAGUGGACCGGGCCGGGGGUGUUUACAGAUUCGGUUAUGAGGUACCUAGCCGCCGGGCAUGGAAUGAUGUGGCCUUCGCUAAAGGACAGGAGGGUUCCAUUAAGAUUCCAAGAAACGGUCGUGCUUCCCGUUACUGGGUUUUCGCCCGGCGUCAAGCUGUUUGGAGCCGGGGAAAUAUAUGACGAGCAAGCCAUGGUUCAUCACAUGUUCGCCGGUUCGUGGAAACCUCUCAAAGGCUCCUAAGAUAGAGUAGAGGAUUGGCUCGCGUUGGUGGCAUCACAACAUUCCUCCACAUCAGUGGCGUCGGCGGCUCAAAUCACGGUUCGACAGUCACCGGUCAGCAUCAUCUCAACACUUAAUAUCAUCAUCAUCAUUGCAUGCACAAGUAUCAUUCCUCAAUCCUCGCUUGGGUGGAGCCGCACAUGGUGACACGUUGUGGUCUAUUUCACUUGGUACAACCUCUCAACCCCAUAAACUAAUUAUUUUCUCCUCAGUAACAGACAAUUCCAGCUAGUCAGCUAUAGAUAGUCCUUCCGUAGACAUCAUUCUCUAGUUCAGUUUAUUCUUCUAAUUAUUUUAUUAAUCUUCCCCUUUCUUUCCGGUUGACCGAUAAUGCAUGAUGCGUUUCUAGCUUCUUUUUGUAGCAGUAAAUAAUGUAACCAAGUGGAUUGUUUGAUCAGUUACACAAUGUUUCUUAUUGUCUGUGCUGCGCAGAAGAUUGCAA